GCUAGUUUUCUUCAUCGUUCACAGCAAUGGCUUCUGCAGCAUCUCUAAUGUCAUUGCAACCGGGUCGAAUUCGAACCCUCAAAGAAGGAUCCAAAGCUGGUUUGGGAGCAGGUAUGGGUCCUGUUGUGUACUGGAUGUUCAGAGAUCAACGGGUCAAAGAUAAUUGGGCUCUCAUCCACGCUGUUCAUCAGGCCAACAAGUCCAACGUCCCUGUUGCCGUUGUUUUUAAUCUCUUCGAUCAGUUUCUAGGCGCCAAGUCCCGCCAUUUAGGGUUUAUGCUCAGGGGCUUGCGCCGUGUCUCCGAUCAACUGCACCAAACCCUUCAAAUCCCCUUCUUCUUGCUUAGGGGAGAAGCAGAGGAAACAGUGCCAAAGUUUCUUAGUGAAUGUGGAGCUUCUAUGUUGGUGACAGACUUUUCACCCUUGCGGGAAGUGAGGAGGUGCAAAGAAGAGAUUUGUAAGAAGGUGAAUGAAUCGCUUACCGUACAUGAAGUGGAUGCUCACAACAUUGUGCCCCUAUGGGUGGCCUCUGAGAAAUUGGAGUAUAGUGCUAAGACAAUUAGGGGAAAGAUAAACAAAAAGCUUUCUGAGUAUCUGAUUGAUUUUCCUACCAUUGAGCCUCAAACUAGGAAAUGGACCAUCACCAAGAAUCACUCCGUUGACUGGGAUGAUCUCAUUGCUGAUAUCUUAAGUAGGAAAGGAACAGAGGUUCCUGAGGUCAAUUGGUGUGAGCCCGGGGAAGAUGCUGCAAUGGAAGUAUUGAUGGGAAGUAAAAAUGGAUUCUUGACUAAAAGGUUAAGAAAUUAUUCGGCAGAUCGAAACAACCCUUGCAAACCCACUGCCCUUUCUGGUUUAUCUCCCUAUUUGCAUUUUGGACAGAUAUCUGCUCAGCGAUGUGCUUUGGAAGCUCGGAAGCUGCGCUCUUCAUGUCCUCAGGCAAUUGAUGCUUUCUUGGAGGAGUUGAUUGUUCGGCGAGAACUUGCUGAUAACUUUUGCUUCUAUCAACUGCAUUAUGAUUCAUUGCAAGGAGCCUGGGAGUGGGCUCGUAAGACCCUAUUGGAUCAUGCCGCUGAUAAGCGAGAACAUACAUAUUCGAAGGAGCAAUUGGAGAAGGCCCAAACUGCUGAUCCUCUUUGGAAUGCUUCUCAGUUGGAGAUGGUUCACUAUGGAAAGAUGCAUGGUUUUAUGCGCAUGUAUUGGGCAAAGAAGAUACUCGAAUGGACAAGUGGACCUGAAGAAGCCCUUGAAAUAUCCAUAUAUUUAAACAACAAGUAUGAACUGGAUGGGAGGGAUCCUAGUGGUUAUGUUGGUUGCAUGUGGUCAAUAUGCGGGGUUCAUGAUCAGGGUUGGAGAGAGCGGCCUGUUUUCGGAAAAAUUCGAUAUAUGAACUAUGCAGGCUGCAAAAGAAAAUUUGACGUUGAUGGAUACAUUGCACAUGUCAAGAAAUUAGUUGGCGAGAUGCGGAAGAGAAAGGCUGAGGACUUGCCAUCCCAAAAUGAGAAAGCACCCCGUUGUUUAUAGUUAGUACAAUGCCAUUGUUUAGCUGAUACUAAUACUAUAUUAAUGCAGCAAUAACCCAUCCCAUCUGUAGAUUUUAAUGGUGUAUGCAAGAUUAUGGAAAACUGAACCGCCCAUUAAACCGAUAGAAUUAGAGGUUCAAAUAUUUAAAGUUCUAAUCAAAGUUUAACGGGAUUGAACUGUAUAUAAUAAAAUAAUAUAUUUAUAUAUUA